CAGAGUUGCCUGGAGGGGUCACUGGGGGUGCAAGGUGCUGGGGAGGUGCAACAAUUUCCCCUCUUCAGGAUUCUCUGCCGAUUCAAGCAGCCUUGAUCAAUACUGAUUACCGUGAACCAUGUCAAGUACAAAAGAACUCAAGGUACUGCCCUUUAUCAAGGGUUGUCAAAUCCGCCUUCUUAGUAAGGAGGACGAAGCUGAGGAUUCGGCCGACAAGUAUCUCGCAGAGGCAUCAUAUGAUGGAGAGCCAGAUUCUGAAGUGUUCUAUGUGGCACCGCAUUGGCACAAAGUACCCCCUUAAACUAUCGCGAGGUGUUCGUUGGAGGUAUUUUGACACAUUAUUGCAGUACCACGACGAGUACAUGUCAGUGACCGAAGGCCGACUCGAGGUCACGGUUGAGGGAAUCACUAGAAUCAUCAUUGCGGGUGACGAUCCUGCUUUCAUCCCGCGGUGGCAUGUACACAGUAUGAAAGGGUUCAAAGGGGAGAAACUGGUCUUUCAGGAGAAGGCGGUCCCGGCUGGCCCAACCAAGGCGCUAUUCUUCAACGACCUUUUGUCACAAGGUCCAGAUGUCAAGAUUCCACAUGCCCUGCGAGUCUUUUGGGAUGGGGAUACGUAUCCGUCGCUGCCUGGGAAUAUCAAGUUGUUGGAUCAAAUUUUUAUGUUGGUCUUGGGUGGCAUUGCCAAAGUCACACUUUUCUGGGAUCGAAGGCCGAAGCACUUUUAGCAGUUGACCAGAUUGAUACUCCACCGUAGCCUAGACCCAAUACUUCGUAGUCCAAUCGUGUUUGUGUAG